AUGGUUGAGGGUGAAUCAAGCAAUGCAAGGGAGAGAAGGCUUAAGAUGCAAGCCGAUUUGGGAAUGACUCAAAGGAUGGAAGAGUCUGAUGCAGAGGAGUAUGUAUACUCUGAGGAAGAGUCUGAGAGUGAGAGAUUGAGGGAGGAAAGGAGGACCAAGAAGAGGAAUGACCCCAUUAGUAGUGAGAGUGAGCAAGGGGAGUUUGAGAUUGGAGUGAACCUUGUUCAAGAGGAGGGAAAUGGUUCUCCAAGUGAAGAAGGAAGUGAUGAGACUGAGAGUGAAGAGGAAGGAGAAGAGGUGAAUCAGUUGGUUGAAGAAGAGUGA